AUGGUUGAGCGUACUAUCAAAGGAAAAGUUGCUUUCAUCACUGGCGGUGGUAAGAACCUCGGUGCUCUUAUUGCCAAGGACUUUGCAUCCAAGGGCGCGAAAGCCAUUGUUGUUCACUAUAACUCAGCUUCGUCCAAGACUGAGACAGAGAAGACCGUUGCUGAGCUUGAGAAACUUGGUACCAAGGCUGUUGCUCUGCAUGGCGAUCUGACCACUGCUGCUGCAAUCACCAAGUUCUUUGAGGAUGCUGAGAGAGCUGUUGGCAAGCCCGACAUUGCCAUUAACACAGUCGGAAAGGUGCUCAAGAAGCCCAUUAUCGACACCACUGAGGCUGAGUUUGACGAGAUGUUUGCUGUCAACACCAAAUGCGCCUAUUUCUUUAUCAAGGAGGCAGGCAAGCGCCUGAACGACGAUGGCUGCCUUAUCACCAUCGUCACUUCGCUGCUAGGUGCUUUUACCCCGUUCUACUCCACCUAUGCUGGCUCCAAGGCUGCGGUCGAGCACUUUACUCGUGCUGCGUCCAAGGAGUUUGGCGAACGCGGUAUUUCGGUCAAUGCUCUUGGCCCCGGCCCCAUGGAUACUCCGUUCUUCUACCCUCAGGAGUCUCCUGAGGCCCAAGCUUACCACAAGACUGCUGCCGCUCUGUCCUCCAAAACUCCUUCUGGUCUGACUCACAUUGAGGAUAUUGUGCCUUUCGUUUCGUUCCUGGCUUCCGAUGGCUGGUGGCAGACUGGCCAGACUGUCCUCAUCAAUGGUGGCUACACUACUAAAUAA